UCAAGAUUGAACUUUUCAUCCCCAAUACUCUGUACUUAGUUUUCUAUGAGCGAAAUAUAUUGGGUAGUAUGAUGAUGAUAAAAACUUUUUUGUGUUGUAUAUAUAUAUAGAGCUUCAUACGUUAAGCAGCUUCAUAAAACAUAAACAAAAGCCUUGCUCUGUUUGGAAACAGAGGAGUGAAUAUUAAAAACAGAAAGCAAGUAAAAAUGAAGGUUUCUGUUUCAGUGAUAAAGUUUGUAUUGUUUGUAUUUAUAUCUGCACUGCAAGAACCCAUUUUGGCUACUACUAAAAAGUCUUAUGUAGUGUACAUGGGAGCUCAUUCACAUGAUCAACACCAACUUUCUGAUUAUCAUUUGCAGCAGCUCACUGAAUCCCAUUAUGACUUCUUGGGAUCCUACCUUGGAAGCCGAGAAAAAGCCAAGAAUGCAAUAUUUUAUUCCUACACAAGACACAUCAAUGGUUUUGCAGCAAUUCUUGAGGAAGAACAUGCAUUAAAUAUAGCAAAGCAUCCCAAUGUGAUAUCGGUGUUUCCAAACGAGGGAAGGAAAUUGCACACAACUCGAUCAUGGUCUUUCUUGGGGCUCGAGGAUAAUGGACAAAUCCCUGCUUCAUCAUUAUGGGAAAAGUCUCAUUUUGGUGAACACACUAUCAUCGCCAACCUUGACACUGGGGUAUGGCCGGAGUCAAAGAGUUUUGGAGACGAAGGAAUGGGACCAAUUCCGUCAAGGUGGAAGGGAAUGUGCCAAAAUCAAACCACAUCUGCUGCUCUUGGUGGAGUCCACUGCAAUAGGAAGUUAAUCGGAGCAAGGUACUUCAACAAAGGCUAUCUAGCCGCAUUAUCAAGCAGCAAUAUCACCAACAUAACAAUAGUAAACACCCCUCGUGACUAUGACGGACACGGCACACACACCCUUUCCACAGCCGGCGGUUCAUUCAUUCGAGAUGCUAGCCUAUUUGGGUUCGGAAAAGGCGUAGCAAAAGGCGGGUCUCCACGAGCCCGAGUGGCAGCAUACAAGGUGUGUUGGCCGCCUAUAAAUGGCAACGAGUGCUAUGACUCGGAUAUCUUGGCUGGGUUUGAUGCGGCUAUUGCUGAUGGUGUUGAUGUUAUCUCGGCCUCAUUGGGUGGAACACCUACUCCGUAUUUUAAUGAUAGUCUUUCAAUUGGUUCGUUUCAUGCAAUGAUGAAGAAUAUUGUUUUAGUAUGUUCGGCUGGGAAUUCUGGGCCUGCUGAUAGUACGGUUGUUAAUGUUUCGCCUUGGAUUUUGACUGUUGGAGCUAGCACUAUGGAUCGUGAUUUUUCUGAUUAUGUGCUUCUUGCCAAUGGCCUACAUCUUAAGGGACAAAGCUUAGCACCAAAAUCAUUACCAACAGGGAAGUAUUAUCAUUUAGUGACUGCUGUUCAGGUGAAAGCAGCAAAUGUAUCCGUAAAAGAAGCACAAUUAUGCAAAUCCGGUACCCUAGAUCCUAAAAAGGCGAUAGGAAAAAUAGUCGUAUGCCUAAGAGGAGACAACGCGAGAGUAGACAAAGGCCAACAGGUCACAUUAGUAGGGGGUGUGGCUAUGAUCCUCGCCAACAACCAGGAAACCGCCAAUGAAGUCAUUGCUGAUCCUCACGUUCUUCCUGCUUCCCACAUCAACUAUAGUGAUGGUGUUCGUGUUUAUGCAUACAUCGAGUCCACCAAGUUCCCGAAAGCCUCCAUUACACGUACGACAACAAGGUUAAAUGUAAAGCCAGCACCGUUUAUGGCAGCAUUUUCAUCUAAAGGGCCGAAUGCCAUUACACCAGAGAUUCUUAAGCCGGAUAUAACAGCACCAGGAGUGAGUGUAAUAGCAGCAUACACUGAAGCACAAGGGCCAACAAACCAAGUGUUUGAUAAACGCAGAGUUAAGUUUAACUCUUUAUCAGGGACUUCUAUGUCAUGCCCACAUGUUUCAGGUGUUGUUGGUUUAUUAAAAACCCUUUAUCCUCAUUGGAGCCCUGCAGCAAUUAAGUCAGCUAUCAUGACCACAGCAAGCAUAAUAGACAAUAUGCAUGAGCCAAUCAUAAAUGCAUCCAACAUAGAAGCAAACCCAUUUCACUAUGGAGCAGGUCAUGUACAACCAAAUGGAGCCAUGGAUCCAGGACUUGUUUAUGAUAUGACAAUCAAGGACCAACUCAACUUUCUUUGUGCCCUUGGUUACAAUCACACAUCUAUUGCUUUAUUCUACAAGAACCCUUACAUUUGCCCACACAAAUUCAACAUCCUUAAUCUCAAUUACCCUUCAAUUACUAUCCCUAAUCUUAAGAAAUCCAUAAAAAUAACUAGAACUUUGAAAAAUGUUGGGUCUUCGGGCAAGUAUAUAGCCCAUGUUCAUAACCCAAAAGGGAUCUCAAUUUCUAUCAAACCUCAUGUAUUGGAGUUUACAAGCUUGGGUCAAGAAAAGACCUUCCACCUUAGAUUUAAAGCUAAGAAAGGAAUGAUAUCUAAGGAUUACGUUUUUGGAAGGAUAAUAUGGUCAGAUGGUAAGCAUUAUGUUACUAGUCCAAUUAUUGUUAAGGUGCUUUAAUUUAGUGUUGCUACUAAGCAAGAGUGGGUCCUGGUUCAGUGGCGACGAAUACCAUAUUUUCCAGGCGAGAAUUAGAUUGUUCGAUUCUGAUCGACCACCUACCCUAAUCUACCCUACCCUAAAUAUUUUAAACAAGCUAUUGUUAGAACCUUAAAUUAUUGAUGUUAUUGAUGAGUAUAAUUAUUAAUAUUAUGUCUACUUGUGUGCUA